AUGAAAUUAAUAUUAAUUACAAUAAUAAUAGUAUUAUUUAAUUAUUUGGCAGUGUCCAAUGCUGGAAUAGCACCAGUGAUCACCAAGGUGACAACAAAGCCAUAUAGUGGAUGGGUAUGGAGCGAGUUUAAUCAUUUCGAUAUCGAAGGUACAUUCAACAUGACCGGCAACUACAAAGCACAAGUCAAUGAGAACACCUGUAUCCUAGCCUGGACGGACGUCGACAAAAUGAUCUGUUACACACCCGCUGGCUUUGCCAACAACUCCCUCAUCACCCUCUACCUCGAGGAUGACAUUACUCAAGUGACCUUCAACUUUACCUACGUCCAAUACUACGAGGAUGAUGAGAAGAUUGAGAGUCUAAUGAUUGAUGAUCCCUCAAGACAUCAGUUAACAAUUUAUGGAUCGUAUAAUAAUAGGAGUUAUACUGUUAUGAUUGAUGGUGCUGUUACCGAGACAAUAAUGAUGACCCCUUCCGCUAUUGUGGUUAACCUUACUUCUGAGGUCAGCGUCGGUCCACAUCUUGUCACUCUAAAGAUUCAAAACAGGACCCUAAUCCAAGAGAAUAUGCUCAUCACCAGAAGCUCACCAUAUAUUACAAAGGUAUGGGAUGAUGAGAAUGGAUACAUGGCAACUUAUAUUGAGGGCAAGUUCUCGGUGGAGUACCCAAUGGACCCUGUUAGAGUGAUUGCCUGUGGCCAUUCAUACUUUGUAUUGCCACUCAAUGAGAGUAUGAUCCAAUUGACUUUGAUCACAUCGACGGAGGUAGCUCCAACAAAGUGUGCCGUCAGUGUAGACUCGUCCAACAUCUACUACUACAACCAUACCUACUCAUACGUAUGGGCCAGUCAACCGUAUGACAAUGAUUCGAUGGCUGACGACGAGGAUGGAGACCACCUGCUCCCAGUGCUGCCUUGGUACAUCUACUUUGCCAUCGUACUCGUGGCCCUGUUUGUGAUGGUCGCCAUCACCAUUGGAAUAUGUCUGCUCUGCAAGAGAUCGCUCAAGAAAAAGCAACAAGACAGCCAUGAGUUCAAGCAAUGGAAG